AUGGCUACUAGAACCCAGUUUGAAAAUUCCAAUGAGGUUGGUGUCUUCUCCAAGCUCACCAACUCAUAUGCCCUUGUUGCUGUAGGUGGUUCCGAAAACUUCUACUCUGCUUUUGAAGCUGAAUUAGGUGAUGUCAUCCCUAUUGUCCAUACCACCAUUGCUGGUACCCGUAUAGUUGGUCGUAUGACCGCCGGUAACAGACGUGGUUUGCUCGUGCCUACCCAAACCACCGACCAAGAGUUGAUGCAUUUGCGUAACUCCUUGCCUGAUUCUGUCAAGAUUCAACGUGUGGAGGAACGUUUGUCCGCCUUGGGUAAUGUCAUCUGUUGUAACGAUUACGUUGCAUUGGUACAUCCAGACAUCGAACGUGAAACCGAAGAACUUAUUGCUGACGUCUUGGGGGUUGAAGUGUUCCGUCAAACCAUUGCUGGUAACGUCCUUGUAGGAUCUUACUGUGCCUUAUCUAACCAAGGUGGUUUGGUUCAUCCACAAACUUCCAUCCAAGAUCAAGAAGAAUUAUCCAGUUUGUUGCAAGUUCCUCUUGUUGCCGGUACCGUCAACAGAGGUUCCUCUGUUGUAGGUGCUGGUAUGGUUGUCAAUGAUUGGAUUUCUGUUGCCGGUUUGGACACUACUGCCCCGGAACUUUCUGUUGUUGAAUCUAUUUUCAGAUUACAAGAUGCUCAACCAGAAAGUAUUUCUGGUAACUUGAGAGAUACCUUGAUUGAAACUUACUCUUAA